AUGUUUUUAGAAGCUUCAAAAGAGUCAACCCUUUUAGCUUCGCGUCUCGCUUUGCAUGGCACAGAGUGGCGAUUCAAUCCACCAGGUGCGCCGCACUUUGGAGGAAUUUGGGAAGCGACAGUGAAGUCAGCAAAACACCACAUUCGGCGAGUCAUCGGAGAUACUAUGCUCACAUACGAAGAAAUGAGCACAUUUCUGGUUCAAGUAGAGGCCUGUUUAAAUUCAAAAUCUCUUCAGUCUAUGUCCGAUGAUCCCGAUGAUCUAACAGCUCUUACUCUAGGUCAUUUUUUGAUUGGAGAAUCUCUCAACAGUAUCCCUGGGCCAAGUUACAUUAAAAUUACCUCAAAUCGCUUAUCUCGAUGGCAAUUGUUGCAACAAAUGCGGCAGCAUUUCUGGCAACGUUGGUUCUCGGACUACCUGAAAGAUCUUCAACCUCGCUCGAAGUGGAGGACUCCUUAUCCAUCACUUGAAGUUGGUGAUCUCGCUUUUAUCCGUGAUGAAAAUUCACCACCAACAAAGUGA